UCAAUCAGAGAUGUCUGCUCGACACUCGAUUGCGCACUCCUGACUCGCGAGGCUUGUGCUCUAUUUGUUUUCCUUUGAGCGGCGGCGGUGGAGUUGGUGCGCGCGCUCAGUCACCCGCCCGCGGGUCUGCUUCAGUCAGUCAGUGAGCGGUUCAGACGGGCAGCUGUAGCCGCUCAAGUGCUCUCCCUGGUGUGCCUACUGACUAGGAGUUCCUUCAGUAACAUCUGCACUUCUAGCUACGCGAUUUUGAAAUGCCGGUUUUGUAGCAGGAACACGUGGAGCCAGUCGUGAUUGAGCGCAUUCAAGAAGAAUGGAGCUGGACCUGGCUCAUGGCUUGCUGUUAAAUGAAGACGUUUGCAGUCAGCUCAGUGAGCCUCAGAGAGCAGAGUUUGUGUUUGAAUGGCUGACCUUUCUACAGAAGCUGCUAGUUGCUGCUGCUAAGGCAGAUUUAAAGGAAAAGCAGAAGAAACUCGUUGAACAGCUGACAGCUCUGUUGAAUAGUUCUCCUGGCCCUCCUACCCGCCGACUUAUUGCCAAGAACCUUGCAUUACUCUACAGUGUGGGGGAUACGUUUUCCGUUUACCAAACUGUUGAUAAAUGCAAUGAAAUCAUUCGAAGCAAGGACGACUCGCCUAGUUAUCUACCCACCAAACUUGCUGCAGUGGCAUGCUUAGGUGCUUUAUAUGAACAGUUGGGCAGAAUGUUGGGCAACACUUUUACGGAAACAGUGGGGAACCUCUUGAAAGCAAUGAAAAAUGCUGAGUCUCAGGGUCGAUAUGAGAUUAUGAUGAGCUUAAAAAAGAUUCUUCGAGGCCAAGGAGUGAGUGCCGUAUCCUGCCACCGAGAUAUCUACAAAGCAGCUCGAGUGUGUCUUACGGACCGUUCGAUGGCGGUGAGGUGUGCGGCAGCCAAGUGUCUCUUGGAGCUUCAGAAAGAAGCAAUAUUUAUGUGGAGUACAGAACUUGAGAAUGCGGCCACGUUGUGCUUUAAGGCUUUUGAAGGCUCAAAUUACGAUGUGCGUGUUGCAGUCUCUGAGCUCCUAGGCACGGUUCUUGCUACAGCUGUGAUGCCUAAGCAAGUUGUAGCUCCAAGGCAAAGUUUCAAAAGAAGUUCCCUUGAAGAAGUCAUGGAUCUGUUAGCGUCUGGUUUUCUUCGAGGGGGAUCUGGAUUUCUUCGAGCCAGCGGGGAAAUGUUAAUGGGAUCAAGCUCUGUCAGCAGAGACCUUAAAGUUGGAAUCACUCAGGCUUGUGUUGUGUUCGUCUGCAGUCUCGGUGGUCAGUGGCUGGAACGGAAUUUUUCUGCUUUUCUGGUGCACAUCCUAGAACUCGUUUCUCAUCCCAAGGCCUGUCAGACGCAAGCCGAUGCCAUCUGUUGUCGUCGCUGCAUUUCUUUUAUUCUCAGAGCAACCGUCGGUGGCCUCCUAGGCGAGAAGGCUCAAACUGCAGCUGCCAAAGAAAUAUGCCUGGCUGUGGGCAAGCAAAACAAAGCUGUAGAUGCAGCAAUGACCGACAGCAACAUUGAGAUGCGAGUUGGCACAACAGAUGUCACUGCAAGUCAGCAUGUUCUUGUUUGUGCACUGCAGGAGCUUGGCAGCAUUAUUCUCGGUUUAGGGACGGCAGCCUCUCCCCUGCUACAGGACACAAGCAUAGGUGUGCUGGAUACUGUAGUUUCUGUGCUGCUCCAUCCUAGUGUCUCUGCCCGCCUAGCAGCCGCUUGGUGCUUACGCUGCAUCGCUGUGGCCCUUCCAUCUCAGGUAUCGGUUCUUCUGGAUCGCUGUUCGGAGCGGCUGAGUGCUCUCAAGUCCUCCCUUGAAGCUGUGGCCGGGUAUGGUGCUGCUGUUGCCGCCCUGUUAGAAGCAGCACAACACUCCUCAUUAGGGAUACCUCAUGGGAAAGGCAAGGUUGUAGUUGCCUUAGCAGAGGACCUCCUUCGUUCUGCUGCUCAAAACAGUCGUCUUUCAGUACAGAGAACCCAGACUGGUUGGCUUCUGUUGAAUGCACUAAUGACCUUAGGUCCUACAGUAGUUCAUCAUCAUCUUCCAAGGGUGCUUCUGCUAUGGAAGUGUUCAUUUCCGCAGUCGACAAAGGAUCUUGAAACUGAGAGAAGUCGUGGAGAUCCGUUUACAUGGCAGGUGACGCUUGAAGGCAGGGCAGGAGCUCUGUGUGCUAUGAAGAAUUUUGUUUUACAUUGUGGUGACCUUCUUACUGAAGAAGUUAAUCAAAGGUUGCUUCCACCUCUUUCUUCAGCUAUAACUUUAUUAACACAGUUGCCUUUACUUACUAAAUCAUAUGGAAAUACCUUGAAGAAUAUAAUUGUGCUCUUUAAACAAAGACUUUAUGAGAUCCUUGCUUUGCUGCCCAAAAAGACCUAUGAAGGAAGAACUGACACAAUCCUUAAACAGUUAGCUAUGGACCUGACUGGCCUUGAACAAUCGACUUCACAUGCAGCGUUUCUCCUUCCUCCUCUUUGCCAUCCUGAUGAUAUGCUUCUCCUUGGGUCUACACUUCAAGAAACAGACCACCGGUUCAUUGAAGAGCAGUUACUUCAAGGUGGCCUGGCAGGAGGAAGCCUAGAGUAUGACCCCUUUGCGAUAUGCCAGAGGUUAUCCAGUGUGGAUAUGGUGCCCGUGCCUCUUUGUCCUGCAGCAUCUGCCAUCGUUGCAGCCGUCAAUCUGUUUGGUGUCAUGUUCCCUCGCCUUUCACAGAUACAAAGAACCCAAGUCCUGGAACUGUUCUGUGACGCAAUCAAGCAAGUUAAAGCCUCCCGACAGGAGCUGGUGCAGAUUCAUGUCAUUUCUGCUUUCUGCACUGCCUUAAAGUGUUUGGUGAAUUGCCGGACAGGUUUAGGUGCAGACGAAGUGCAGAAGCCCGCGUUGUCCCUUUUGAUGGGCGCUUUGGAAAGCGCCAGCCCUCUCCUGCGAUGUGUUGCUGCAGAGGCUUUGUCUCGACUGGUGCAAGUCGUCAAUGAUAACGCUUUUACGCUCGGCGUGGCCCAGAUCAGUUUUGACAGGUUGAAAACAGCCAGGGAUGUUGUGUCACGAACAGGCCAUUCCUUGGCUUUGGGAACUUUGUAUCGGUACAUGGGAGGAACCAUUUCAAGCCAGCACCUCGGUGCCUGCGUCGGAGUUCUUUAUACUCUUUCUCAGGACAACACCUCCCCUGAAGUACAGAUGUGGGCAUUGCACUCUCUGUCACUCCUCAUAGACACUGGUGGGCAGUUAUACCAUAUCCACAUGGAGCAGACCUUUGCACUUGUUUUACUGCUGCUGUUAACAGUGCCUCCUACUCAUGUAGAAGUUCAUCAGAGCCUUGGCCGCUGCCUAAAUGCACUUAUUACUGCACUUGGACCAGAACUACAAGGUGGCAGCUCAUCCAUAUCUGCACUAAGGAAAUCCUGUCUCGUUGGUUGUGCAGUGAUGCAGGAUAACCCCGACUGCUUAGUCCAGGCCCAAGCAAUCUCCUGCUUGCAGCAGCUUCACAUGUUUGCUCCUCGGCAUGUUAACCUCACCAAUCUUGUACCCAGCCUUUGUGAGAUCUUAUGGGAUAAAUCUGUUUUGGUGAAUCUGUGCAGUUCCUACUUGUCUCUGCGGAGGGCAGUAAUGGCCUGUUUGCGCCAGCUGACACAAAGGGAGGCCAAGGAGGUUUCUGAACAUGCGGUUGCCCUUUUCAAAGAUCUUCCUAGCCGAGAUAUGGCAACUCUAGAUGCAGCUAUCAAGGAGAGUGGUCUCGAAGGGGCCUUAUUCAGCCUGCUUGACAGAGAGUCCGAUCAGCAGCUUUGCCAAGACAUCAAGGAAACGCUAAAUCACAUGCUAACGUCCAUGGCUGUGAACAAUCUCUCUCACUGGAUAAAACUUUGCAAAGACGUACUGUCUGCUUCUGCAGAUUUUGCAGCUGCUGCUCCUAUAGAAACAACACAGGAGGAAGAAGAUGGAGAUCGUGUGGAUGAUGCGUCAGUUUUUACCUCUAAGCCUGCGACAUCCUGCCCGUUUACCAACCCCUGCUGGUCUACCCGUGUCUUUGCAGCCCAGUGUGUCUGCUGCAUCAUCAGCCAGUGUGAGAAAGAAGACGAGGCUCAUGUCAGCAUGGCUCUUGCUCAAGAAAAGAGACUCCAUGACCCCUCUAGUGAUUUCCUUGUGCUACACUUGGCAGAUUUAAUCCGCAUGGCUUUCAUGGCUGCAACAGACCAUAGUGACCAACUUCGUCUCUCGGGUCUUCAAACUCUCCUGGUUAUUAUCAGAAAAUUUGCAGCUGUGCCCGAGCCAGAAUUUCCAGGACAUGUCAUUCUAGAACAGUUUCAGGCCAAUGUCGGGGCGGCUUUACGUCCAGCGUUUACUCCCGACACUCCGCCUGACGUCACAGCAAAAGCGUGUGAGGUUUGCAGUGCCUGGAUUGCUAGUGGAGUUGUAAGUGAUCUUAGCGACUUGCGGAGAGUACAUCAGCUCCUGGUGUCUUCACUAGCUAAUGUGCAGAGUGGCAAGGAUGUGCAGAAUCAGUUGUACAAUGAGAGUGCAUUCACCAUGGAGGCUCUAGCGGUGCUCAAGGCUUGGUCUGAGGUCUACGCAGUGGCAGUUAAUAGCCAAACGUUGAUGGAAAGCCCCAAGAAACAACAGCAGAAAGUGUCCAGUGGAUCUGAAGAACACAGUAAUCAGUCUGUUGACGGUCUGUUUAGCCUGGUGCAAGCAGACAUUGCAACACUUAGUAAGCUCUGGCUGGCAGCCCUCCAGGAUUAUGCCCUGCUUACACUGCCAUCCGAAUACAACUUGCAGCUUCCCACAGAGGGUGGAGCAUUCUAUACUGCCGAGACGGUGGAACACGCCAGGCCCCAUUACUACAGUUCCUGGACUUCCAUUUUGUAUGCUACUUCUCUGUGGCUCAAUAGCACUGGUUUCAUUGUGAUAGAUGAAGGUCCAGCUAACCUGUCAAGGCCAGUAACACCAACCUCAAUGGGACAGUCUUCAUCACUGGCAACAGUCAAGUCUCCAGAGGAUAUCAACAGUGACAGAUUUCAUCUUAUUUUAGGAAUCAGUGUUGAGUUCCUUUGUUCUCCACGCUCCGAUGCUCCCAUGGAUAGCAUCACAACGUGUUUACUUGCACUGCAGUCUUUGCUUGAUGUUCCGUGGCCUCGUUCAAAGAUUGGAAAUGACCAGGUUUUGAGUGUUGAGCUGUUGAAUGUCCUGCAUAGAUUAAUCGUGACGAGAGAAUCUCCAGCCAUUCAGCUAGCAGUCUUGGAGUUAGUGAAGCGGAUUAUCUGUGCUGCACAGGAACAUGUAAAGGAGAAACGCAGAAGUGCGGAAGUUGAUGAUGGUGCUGCAGAAAAGGAAACUCUCCCUGAAUUUGGAGAAGGCAAAGAUACAGGGGGUUUGAUCCCUGGGAAAUCUCUGGUGUUUGCUGCGCUGGAGCUGUGCCUGUGUAUUCUGGUGCGACAACUGCCUCAGCUAAACCCCAAAUUGGCUGGCAGCCCAAUGACCUGUGGAAGUAAGCCCCAGAUUCUGAAUGACAGUGACUGCAAGCUGAUAGCGACAGCUCUGGGCAUUCUGUCUGAACUUCCUUCGGUCUGCUCACCUGAAGGAAGUGUAUCCAUUCUCCCCACUGUUUUGUUCCUGAUCACGGGUGUUGUCCGAGAGAUGGCAGUGAAAUGUUUCACCGUUCAGUCCUCCAUGCCACUUUCUGCAGCACUUCAGGCACUUAAGACUGUUGUGGUUUCCCCCAUGGCUCGAGCCGAAAAGAGCCGGUCGGCCUGGACAAGUCUGCUGCGCUGUGCCGUCGUUACUUUAUUAGAGGAGCACAAGACUGAUUCUUUUCAGUCAGAAGUGGAUGAAGUCGGCCUGCUCACAGCCAUUACUAUAUUUGUAUUGUCUGCUAGUCCUGAAGUGAUAGCUGUUGACUGCAUCCAAAAUCCCUGCGUUGAAAUGUUUAAGAAAAGCCUCGAGUCAAAAGACCCUGUGGUUUUGGUCAGAUGCUAUCAGAUGCUGCAGUCCAUAUUUCAGAGUCCGAGUCGGUUGGUGUCUGUUCCUUACAUCCAGGCUUUGGGUCCUGUCAUAGUAAACAACCUUCAGAGUGUGGAGAAGAAAAAACCCGAGUGUAUGCUGGAGUUCCAGGCUGUCCAGGAAGGAGUUAAAGCUCUUGAAUGUCUUGUUUCGACUGUGGACGUGGAAUACCGAUCCGAGCUCGUUGCCAUCCUCCUUCCACUACUUAUUUCCUUCCUUUUGGAUGAGAACGCCUUGGUGUCCUCGCAGAGUCCUGCGCGGUCGCUGCAUGAGUUUGCCCUACAGAAUCUGAUGCGAAUAGGACCGCAGCACUCGGCUGUCUUUAAAAACCUGAUGGCCACCUCUCCAGCCAUGAAAGUGCGCUUAGAAGCAGCCGUCAAAGGGAACCAGGAGAGCAUCAAAGCCAAGAAUGCAGCCCGCCAAUUGAAACCCCCAGGAAAACAUUCACCGAGUAUUCAACUGAAGACCAACUUCCUGUGAAGUACCCUUGGCGCCUUAACCCAUUUCUACAGCAAGGUUGCUAUUUGUAAUCGGCUUGAAGAAUUCAGGUGGUUUUGUUUUACUGAACAUUUUUCAGAAUGUGCUUUAUGGAAUCUCCGGUGCCGUCGUCCUCCCAGCUCUGGCUUGACUUUUGGGCCGUGCAAAGAAAGGAGCUGUGCGGGUUUUACAUAAAACAGGAGGGCAGCUCACCUCCUCUCACGCCCGCAGCAACAGAGGGGGCGUUUUUAGCAGGUGGGUGGGUGGGAGACUUUGUCAGACAUGCAAAUCACAGAAUGAAAUUGCACUACUGCUUCCUCGUCGCUGUACUCAGACGUGUCCUAUGCAAAUUCUAGAAACCGUCAAAAGGCAGAAAUCCAACAUGGAGAAUAUCUGCCUUGUCUGUUUACGGGAGCUUCUCUUUCGCUUUUCCAAAUCUGCGUUGUUUCAUCUGUGACCACCGCUAACGGGUAGGACAAGCAUGUUACCAGUAUGCUCUGAAUUUUUAGCAUUAUUUCCAGUGUGCUAAUAUAUUUUUGAUUCAUAUUUAUAUUUUUUAAUUAAAAAUGACUAUUAACAGGCACUCUAGUGAGAUAAUAACACUAACGUUCCCUUAAAUACGCUGCCUGCUCCGCGCCUGUGCAUAUAAGUUUUGUUUCAUACUUAACAGUGAAACUACAUCUAAGAAGUGCUGCUGUUUUUAUUUCUAGUUUUAAUUCUCCAAUUGUGGAUUAUCAGAAUCUGCCUCCCAGUACUCAGUUUUCAAAUCCGACAUGUUCUGUGGUAACAAACAGCAUUAAAUAUCUUACAGCGCAAUGAACCGUUUACUAACUUUUAAUUAAAAUGGGGAACUUUGUUUUAAUCGAUGCUUUUAUCCAAAGUGACUUACAAAUGAAGCCUGCGUGCUUGAAGACAAACGCGAGAUGCCCGUACGGUGGGACCCUCGAACAAGUCUGUGCCUGUCGUUCACACGCGCCGCUUCGACUUCUACUGUGUCCACACAGAGCUGCGCGCGGAGGACCACGAAUCCCAGUAGCCUUUGGCUGUGGUAAGAAGAAUGCAGACUGUGUUGUUUGUUUGUUUGUUACUUGUGAAUUUUGUACAUAUGUGUAAAUUGUACAGGAUUAACAGGUUGAUCUAAAAUCUAACAUCUAAUUUUGUUUUGUAAUGUAUUUGAAAAAUAAAAAAAAAA